AUGAUUUUUUUCCCGAGAAAAUUGAGGCUUGCUUUAUGCCGUUUCCUGUUCCUAUUUCCCUCGGUUUACUUCACUUUCUCGCCUUUUUUUCCAGGUCCAGAAAUCGGAACCAACUACGGACGAUACGGAUCCAAUCUUGGAGGUGGUUCAGUAAUCGGAAUCAACUACGGUCGUUACGGAUCCAAUCUUCCUCCACCAGAAUCCCUACCAUCACUCGUAAACUCUCUCUCGAUCAAACAUGUCAAAACUUUCGACAUGGAUCCAAGAAUCACCAAAUCUUUCGCCAACACUGGAAUCACUCUCUCCCUCUGUAUCCCCAACGACAAGAUCCCAUCUCUAUCCACAAAUCUCACCGAAGCAGAAUCAAUCAUCAGAAACUUCGUCUUACCUUACCACAAGAACACAAUCAUCACAUCAAUCUCCGUCGGAAACGAAGUCUCGUUACUCCCUCAAUUCUCAACUCACUUAGUCUCAGCUAUGGUAAACGUUCAUCGAGCAAUCAAAAGAUACAGAUUACACAAGAAGAUCAAAGUCUCAACCACUCAUUCUCUGGCGAUUCUAUCUCGAAGAUUCCCUCCUUCGACUGCGAUUUUCCAUAAAUCGAUCAGUGAAUCGGUGUUAAAACCACUGAUUAGGUUUCUCCAGAGAACGAAUUCUCCUCUCAUGGUGAAUGUUUAUCCGUAUUUGGCUUAUAAACAAUCGUUCCCUUCGAUUCCUUUGGAUUUCGCUUUGUUUCAGCCGAUGAACAGUCUCAAACGAAGGAAAUACACAGAUCCGUACAGUGGAAUCGCGUACACGAACCUGUUCGAUAUAAUGCUUGAUUCGGUUGACUCCGCCGUGAAAUCGCUUGGGUUACCGAAGAUUCCGGUGGUUGUAUCGGAGAUUGGAUGGCCGUCGAUUGGAGAUCCAGGCGAAGUAGCUGCGAAUUUGGAGAACGCUAGGGUUUUUAAUCAACGGUUGAUUGAGCAUCUGAGAAGAGGAUUGAGUAAGGUUCCUGUGUAUAUCUUUGCUUUGUUCGAUGAAGAUCAGAAAACUGGAGCCGCCGUUGAGAAACACUGGGGAUUGUUGUACGGCAACGGAUCGAGGAAAUUCGAUCUGAAUAUCUCGCCGCCGAUUUGA